AUGGGAGUUCGCCUCAGCUGUCUUGUGUCUGCAGGGAGACUAGGACCCAGGAGAGGUGUGGUUCAGGGAGCUGUCGGGGGAGCUGGUGUCACAGCCUUGCUUGCUCUCUGCCUCUUCUUUGUAGUGAAGAUCUACGGGAAGAAAUUGACAGAGAAGGCAGAGAGCCAGGAUGGCGUCUCCCAGAGUCACCUGAAUAAAUCUUCAUCAGACAGCCCCUCAGACCACCAGCCCCCAGCUGUGGCCACCUCCACCUCAGAGAACGAGGAGGAACUCCAUUAUGCUUCCCUUAGUUUCCACCAUCAGAAGCCACACAACAUCAGUUCCACCGAGUAUUCUGAGAUCAAGAUCUGAAAAUGACAACCCCAACGCCACCCCCAUAAGCUGGCUGGAGCCCAGAAAAGGCAUCUCUGGAAAGAAAUGUGCAUCAGGGACCAAUUCUUGAACAGUUAACAGUCCUCAGAGCCAAAGUGUAUCUAUAAAUGGGAACAUGAAGUUCCUUGGAGUGGCUGAAUACUCCUGGGUUCAAAUCCAGGCUCAGCUACUUACUGAGGGUGUUACAUCAGGCAAGUCACUUUACCUCUCUGUGCCUCAGUAUCCUCCUCUGUAAAAUGGGGGAUAAUAUUGAUUAGGUACAUCGUUAAAUGGGAAAAUACACGCUGUUGGCAUUAAGUAUAUUGUUAUGUGUUAAGUUGACCUCAGGAUGGAGGGAGAUGUCAGCUUUUGGCUUUACCACAAUCUUGAAUUUUGCUUGACUAUCUUUAAGAACAUGUACUAUUUUCUUUUUCAGGGGGAGGGGAACAUGUAUUAUUUUAAAAAGUAAAUCUAUUUCUAACUGUAAAUCUUUGGCAGGAGACGAUAUUUCCGAAUACAUGUAUCUAACAAAGGAUUUAUCCACAAUAUAUAAAGACUAUAUAAUGAUCUUCCAAAAAUCAAUAAGAAAAAGGCAGACAAUGCAAUAGGAAAAUGGGAUAUUCUAUGGGCCAAUAAGCAUAUAGAAAGAUGUUCAACUUCAGUAGCUGUCCAGGAAAUGCAAAUAAAAAUCACAGUGUUAGACCACUAUACAGCCAUCACAUUGGCAAAAAUAACAAAAGGAAUAUCAAGUGUUGAGGACAUUGCACUAAGUGAAACAAGCCAGUCACAAAAGACAUAUACUGCGUGAGUUCAGUUAUACAGGUAUCUACAGUAAUCAAACCCUUAGAGGGUGGACAGACCUCUGGGGAGAAUGAAAUAGGAAGUGGCUAUUUAAUAGGUAUAGAGCUCCAGGUUAUCAAGAUAAAGACAUUCUAGAGAAAUAGUGGACAACAACAUGCAUAGAAUCGACACUACUGUGCUCUACACUUAAAAAUG